CUCCAGGAAGAGGCGGAGUCGAGGUGAGGGGGUGAAAAGCUUUAAAUCGGGAAUGGGUUUUGGAGUUUGCAGGCGUUCAAGAAAUAGAAGGCCUCCCGCCAGUGGGCCCAAGGAAUCGACACCGUGGAGCCCCACCAAACUCCGGGCCUACCAUUGAAUAAAUCCAGUCCAGCGUGCGGCGAUUCACUGGCUUCAUGGGGUCGCAGCAGCCGCCCGGGUCUCCGCUGUCUCGCGAGGAGGGUGAAGCUCCCCCGCCCUCUCCGGCUCCUGACGGUAGGCGGAGAAGUCGCCGGGUACGCCUUCGCGGAUCCUGCCGUCACCGGCCCAGCUAUCUGGGGCGUCAGGAGCUAGCCACGAGCGCCCCAGCCGGGCCUGCACCAGCAUCUUCUGAGAUAAUGGCAUCAGCUGCUAAGGAUUUUAAAAUGGACAGCUUUUCACCUAAAGCUGGCACUAGCAAAUUGCAACAGACAGUACCAGCUGAUGCAUCUCCUGAUUCGAAGUGUCCUAUAUGCUUGGAUAGAUUUGAUAAUGUUUCUUACUUAGAUCGCUGCCUACAUAAAUUCUGUUUUCGCUGUGUACAGGAGUGGUCAAAAAACAAAGCUGAAUGUCCAUUGUGUAAACAGCCCUUUGAUUCUAUUUUCCAUUCUGUGAGGGCAGAAGAUGACUUCAAGGAAUAUGUCCUAAGGCCUUCAUACAAUUUUGCCACACCUGAUGUUCGACGAUUUCGCUACCGUACAACUAUGACAAGGGACCGAAAUACUGUUUAUUCACCCAGUACUGUGAAUAGAAGAACAACAACUCCACCAGAUAGUGGAGUACUGUUUGAAGGGUUAGGCAUUUCAACAAGACCCAGAGACGGUGAAAUUCCACAAUUUAUGAGACAGAUUGCAAUAAGGAGACCUGCUGCUGGAGAUGAAAGAUCUUCGCGGAAGAUUCAAGAGCAGGAUAUUAUUAAUUUUAGACGAACUCUCUAUCGUGCUGGUGCUCGUGUUAGAAAUAUUGAAGAUGGUGGCCGCUACAGGGAUAUUUCAGCUGAAUUUUUCCGUAGAAAUCCGGCUUGCCUUCACAGAUUAGUUCCCUGGUUAAAACGUGAACUUACAGUUCUUUUUGGAGCUCAUGGAUCUUUGGUGAAUAUUGUCCAACACAUCAUCAUGAGUAAUGUUACUCGUUAUGACUUGGAAAGUCAGGCAUUUGUGUCUGACUUAAGACCAUUUUUACUUAAUCGGACUGAACAUUUUAUCCAUGAAUUUAUCAGUUUUGCCAGGUCUCCUUUUAACAUGGCAGCCUUUGACCAGCAUGCUAAUUAUGAUUGCCCUGCUCCUUCAUAUGAAGAAGGCAGCCAUUCUGAUUCUUCAGUUAUAACCAUAUCUCCAGAUGAAACGGAGACCCAAGAUCUAGAUAUGAAUGUAGCCACUGUUAGUCAGGCACCGUGGGAUGAUGAGACUCCAGGACCAUCUUACUCAAGCUCAGAACAAGUACAUGCUGCCAUGUCUUCCCUCGUAAAUACUUCUGACAGUUCGGAUGAAGAGCUUGUAGCAGGAGGAACCACAUCUCAGAUACAAGGAGCACCAACCAAUGAGGACCUAAAUAAUGACAGCGACUCUUCUUCAGAUAACUGUGUCAUUGUUGGAUUUGUGAAACCACUAGCUGAGAGAACCCCAGAACUUGUUGAACUGUCUUCUGAUUCUGAGGAGUUAGGCUCUUAUGAGAAAAUGGAGACAGUGAAGGCACAAGAACAAGAGCACUCUUACAGUUCUGGUGAUAGCGAUGUUAGUAGAUACUCAUCUCCACACUCUGAACUUGGGAAGGAUGAGCACGAAAAUAAAGGUCAUUGUGAUUCCGGUACAAGAAUGAAAUCAAAGAAGGAAGAGAAACGAUCCACAUCAUCAUCAUCUCCCAGAGACCUGAGUUCAUCUGUGAGAGGAGACAGACUAUAUUCCCCACAUAACCAUAGACAUAGAAAAAGAGGAAGGUCAAGAAGUUCAGAUUCAUGUUCUCAGAGUAGAAGUGGGCACGAUCAGAAGAAUCGUAGAAAGCAUCAUGGUAAGAAAAGAAUGAAAAGCAAACAAUCCAGAAGCAGAGAGAGCAGCAGACCUAGAGGCAGACGAGACAAAAAGAGAUCAAGAACUAGAGAUAGUAGUUGGUCAAGAAGAAGCCAAACCCUGUCUCUAAGUAGUGAAAGCACAAGCAGAUCAAGGUCUCGUAGCAGUGAUCAUGGUAAAAGAAGAUCACGAAGUAGAAAUAGAGAUCGUUAUUAUUUAAGAAAUAAUUAUGGAAGCAGAUAUAAGUGGGAAUAUACUUAUUACAGUAGAAACAAGGACAGGGAUGGUUAUGAAUCCUCUUAUAGGAGGCGAACUCUGUCCAGAGCUCAUUAUUCUAGACAAUCUUCAAGUCCAGAAUUUAGAAUUCAGUCCUUUUCUGAAAGGACAAAUGGUAGGAAGAAAAAUAAUCACAGUGAAAGGAAAUAUUACUACUAUGAAAGGCACAGAUCAAGGAGCCUGUCUAGUAACAGAUCAAGGACUGCAUCAACAGGGGCUGAUCGAGGGAGAAGUGAAAAGCCUGGAGGGAAACGAAAAUAUAAAACACGGCAUUUGGAGGGUACUAACGAAGUGGCUCAACCAUCCCAUGAUUUUGCUUCUAAAGUAAAGGACAGUCAUUGUCAAAAGUCUUCCUCAAAAUUAGAUGGAAACUACAAAAAUGAGAGUGACAGUUUUUCAGAUAGCCGAUCAUCAGACAGAGAAACAAAGCACAAGAGGAGAAAAAGGACUCGGAGCCUGAGUGUAGAGAUAGUUUAUGAAGGGAAAGCUACUGAUACAACUAGACAUCAUAAAAAGAAAAAGAAGAAACAUAAGAAGAAGCAUAGAAAACACCAUGGAGAUAAUGCUUCACGGUCUCCAGUUAUAAUUACCAUUGACAGUGAUAGUGAUAAAGAUUCUGAAGUAAAGGAAGAUCCAGAAUAUGUCAGUAGCCGUCCUCAAGACCCUGUACAAAAUGAGCUUUUGGCUCCUUCCUUGGAUCCAUUUGAAAAUAAAGAUGUAGUUACAAUAGAAGAUGACUUUGGUAUCUUGGACAAGGAAUGUGAUAUCACUACACUUGCUAACAACUUAGAUGAUCCCAGCAAAACUGUAACUGAUAUUUCACCACAGGCAUCUUCAACUGAACAAACCCUUGAUGUAAGAGAAGAGAGCAUCUUUGUCUCUGACUUGGAGAACCAGCCGAAUAACGUAUCUGUUCACACUGAACCAUCAAGGCAGUUACCAUCUCCACGGACAUCAUUGAUGUCAGUGUCUCUUGGUAGAGACCAUGCCAUUUCUUAAAGCUGCCAAAGCAUCUCAAUGAGAAUCCUGACGGUAUAAAAGGAAGGAAAGAAAAAGAACUGUGUCAUCUGCUACAGUCUAUUUAAAGAUGACUCUCGAAAACUAUUUUCCCCUUAAAAUAUUGUGUUUUCUGUGUUAAAAAUUUGUUUUUUUAAAAAAAAAAAAAGCAUUUUGUUUGUUCAAAAGGUAUGUGAGUCCACCCUCAGAGAUAUGCACUUUUAAGUGAAGAAAAUGAUGUUGCUAGCAGUUUAUUUAAAACUUGGGCUCCUUUUUAAAUAAAAAAUAUAAAUUUUAGAAGUUAUUUCAUAAAGCCAUAUGGUAUUGACAUAUUUUUAAAGUAGUCAAUGAGUAUUUUUGAAUUUUUUUUUUUUUUUCUGAGAGUUAUUCUGGAAAUGUGUUAUAAGCUAGGGGAAGGAAUCCCUUUUGACAGUCUUUAUUUUUCUUCUUAAAAAAUUUGUAUGGAUCCAAAACCAUUUCUUCAGGCUAAAUUGAGGCAUUUGGGAUCUGCACAGUUUAUCUUGACAUUUACCAGAAGAAAAAUUAAAACAUUUCCUUUAUAUACUUGUUUAUCUGGACUGCCAGUAAAACAAAUGUGUAUUCAGCUAAAGAAAAAAAAUAAUAAAACAGCAACACUUUAAAACAAUAAUCAAAAUUUUUCUUGAAGUAUUGCUUUUUGUUGAUUAAAUCCUUCAGUGGAGUUAAAAUAUAACAGCUAAGGAUAUCAUUCUCUCAUAAAUAAAGAAUUUCAGGUGAUCUGCAUUUAACCUCAAAUUUUUAAUAAUUGUUCUUAAGUCUGAUAAUAAAGAAUAUCUUACUUGCUUUUUAUCUUUAGUAAAA